AUGCUACGACGUCUAGCCUACUACGUGGCAUUCCCCAUUAUAGCCAUAGUAGUCAACUACACACCGGCAUUUGUGUGGGUCAUUGUGGAUUUUGUUCUCGACAUCUGGCUAUUCUGGGUUCGCAAACUUUAUUACCUUCAUACCAGGAAAGACACCUUGAAAGAACACGUCAAGCUGUUGAAGAACGUGGAGAGUUACAAUGAGUUCAAGGCGGUGGUCACCGAAAUUGACCGCUUGACUAAUAUGGACUUGUGGCGCCAGAACUUCGUGCUGAAACACUACGACUAUAUUCUCAUCAAUGACCGCAUGGAGCUCUUACGGGAAGCAAGACUCAAUGAAGAUGCGCCUCUUAUCAUGUCUUUGUUGCGUUCGGGACUCAUUCGUAAUUUCGGUGGAAUCGCUCAGAAACGUCUCUAUACCAAAUCAUACUUGGGGACCAAAUUUAAGAUCCAGGAGUACAUUACCGAGGUUCUUGAAUGCUUGAACUACAUCAACCUGACUAUCCAAUCGGAGUCCAGUGACGACUAUAUUAUGAAUAGUAAGCAGCUCCGCAUAGACUUCUUCCACGAUGCCCGCCAGCUGUUUGGAUGUACUGCCCUCAUUCUCCAGGGUGGUUCACUCUUUGGUUUGUGCCAUUUAGGAGUUGUCAGGGCGCUCUAUUUCAAAGGAUUGCUUCCUCGUGUUAUUGGAGGCAGUGCUGUGGGUGCAGCAGUGGCGUCUUUGGUGUGUACUUUGACCGAUUCAGAGUUGAUUCCUGUAUUGGUGUCUAUCACUGAUGUUAUGGGAGAUGUCGAUAAACUCAACCACGAUGUGGAUGAACGAUAUGGCAAUGUCAUCGAAAACGUGAUCAGAAAGGGUUACUCCCAGGAUAUCUUGAUCUUCUUGAAGUUCGUCAGAGAUACGAUUGGCGACUUGACAUUUGAAGAGGCAUAUUUGAAAACACAGAAAAUCCUUAACAUUGUGGUGCAUCCCACCAACAUGUUGGUACCUUCCUUGCUCAACUAUAUUACUGCGCCAAAUGUAAUCAUAUGGACAGCCAUUUAUGCCUCUAUUGGAACGGGUGUUUUAUCGGAUAACAUCCAACUCUACGCUAAAGACUUCAACGAUGAAAUGGUGCCUGUUGCACCACAUUUGAACGUAUCAUAUUUGAAGCCACAAGAUGUGAAUAAUCUGGAACAUUACUUCCGUCGCAAAAGCAGCGGUGGUCAAGGAGGUAGAAGUCACUUGCUGGAGUCUCCAUAUAUUAGGCUUACCGAGCUUUUCAAUGUCAACCACUUCAUUACCAGUUUGGCUCGUCCAUAUCUUGCACCAAUGAUCAAUAAUGAUCUCAAGCACCAUAUAACAUACGGAAAGGUUCGUUUUGAUGAGGAAUCCUACGAAUCGCGUUCAUUGGCUUCUUGGAGAGGUGAAGAGCAAAGUAGCAGCCUAGAGAAGGCAAAGAUUUCUCCUGAGAAGCCAAAGAUAUCUCCUGUGCAAUCCAAGCAUCUUCCUAACGACUCAAACUACAACAUUAUGAAACAUAUAAAGAAUGUCAUUGCUAUGGAGGUUCAACACCGAUUGGAGGUAAUGAACAAAUUGGGAAUCUUGCCAGAAAUUAUUAAGAGAUUAUGCAUCGAUGAGAAACCAUCUACUGGCGCCAACUUCGCCUCAAGUCUUCGAGAAAUUACUAUUGUUCCUGAGCUUCGGUAUCUAGUACGUGAUUUUGGGCGAGUUUUUGAUGUCCACAAAACCAUGGAGAAUAUUCCAUAUUGGAUUCUUGUGGGUGAGCGGUCAGUUUGGCCAUUGUUUCCACUCAUCUGGUCAAGAUGUGCUAUUGAAUUUGAAUUGGAUGACUUGUACAGCAAUCAAAAGCGCUGA